AUUUUUUUAAUCCUGGUUUUACGGUGCACGUCAUGGCGUCCAUAGCAACCUAUGUCAGUUCGUCGUAAAGUUGUUCCAGUCAUAAAAGGCAAGCAACGUUUUUGUAACACUAAAAGGAUAUAUUUCCCAAAAAAUCUUGUAGAUCGGCAGUGAAACUUAAUCAACACUUCUCUGACAGAAAGGGAAGGGGAGACCGCAUAGAAGAGAUUGUAUGUGGCUUUCCUUCAGCGCCUUGAUCAUACUUUUCGUUUUGAACAACGACGUACAAAAUUACCGUUGGAAAGAUACUACGAAAAUCAACGACUUGGGAAAAAAAUAUACAAAAUUACAACUUAAAAAAAUACUAAAUAAUCACAGCUGGGUUUAAAACUGCAGCGUGCAUUCUUAAGGAAGGACGAAGACUUUUUUACUUUGACGGAUUCAUGCAGUUGCGAUCGCUCAAACAUUAGCCAUGGUUGACGAUUCGCUUAAAUUGCGCUUCACAAUCACAUGCGGAUCCUUUGUGAUAGGACUAGUCUUUGCAAUUAUUUCAAAUGUUCAAAAUUUUGAUAAACAUUGCAAAAAAAGGACCAAGUGCAGUCCUUUACCCUAAGAGAAGACCAAGACCACCUUUUUGUAUGCAAGACCCAAGUUUGGGUGUCCAUGGAUAUGCCCAUCUGGAGGAUGUUCGCCUGCAUUAUGUAACCAAUGGCAGUGAGGACAAGCCACUUUUGCUGCUUGUACAUGGAUUUCCAGAGUUUUGGUAUUCGUGGCGUUACCAACUCAAAGAGUUUCAUGAUAACUACAGAGUGGUAGCUGUUGACCAGAGGGGUUAUGGAGAUUCUGACAAACCUAAUGGUGUACACAACUAUACUGUGGCUACACUUGUCAGUGAUCUAAGAGAAUUGGUUACUACACUUGGCUGCAAGAAAUGUACUGUAGUUGGCCAUGACUGGGGUGGAAUUAUUGCCUGGGCAUUUGCCCAGACAACUCCUGACAUGGUGGAACGUCUGAUUAUCCUUAACUGCCCGUCCUCUGCUGCCUAUGUCAAGCAUUGCAGUAAUGGUUUGAGUCAGCUAAAAAAGUCUUGGUACAUGACCUUAUUCCAGGUGCCACGUGUACCUGAACUGUUUCUGAGCACAGAAGACUAUGCUGCUUUGACUCUUUUUCACAGCAAGACCUAUGGGAGUUCGUUCAGGAGCAAUGACUGAAAAUGAUGUGGAGGCUUAUAAAUAUACUUUUCAGCGCAAUGGCUUCACUGCACCAUUAAACUACUAUCGGGCUCUCCUGCGUUAUCCUCAGUUUGCUUUUAUUCGCCUUCAGUCACCACAACUCAGAGUUACAUGCCCAACUCUCAUCAUCUGGGGAUGCAAUGAUG